GAGCGAGCCUUUGAUGAAUCCGUACAGCCAUCAUCGAGUUAAUCAUGUGACUCGGUAAAAUAGAUGGUUGAUGGCGGCAAAGCGAGUCUUUAGAUUGAGCGAAUGUUUCGCGGCACGGAAAUCACGGUAAAAGCUACCGGCUUCCGCGCGCGUGCGCCUGCGACACAAACGGGAACGUCCUUCAAGUUCGGAGCACGAGUGUGGGGAAAAAACGUGUUCGUGUCGAAGGUUUUGUGUUUGGUUCGAAGGUUUCUAGCACGUAGCGGGGGCUGGGCUUCCUGUCCUGUCGGUACAAAGAAGGAAGCCGGCUCAGCCAAUAGGAGCGCGGCGCUGCGGGAACAAACAGCGGACAGCCAAUAGAAAUCUCUCCCGUUUCUUCCUUUUCCCCCCUUUACUUGUCACUCCUCCUGUGGUUGGACAGCCGGAAGAGCGUUGCAGUAUUUUCUCUCGUGGCGCCGUGUUCGUAUGGACCAAUAAUGACGGAGCGUGGAAACGUCCAAUGGAAACGAGAGAAACGACCCACCAAUGAAAUGUCUCUGUUGUCACUCCCGCUGUCAGCGCAGCCAAUCACGUGUCCGGAAAGCCAGCUCUGGGCUCAACAGCUUGUUGUUCGUGUAUCGUUUUGCAGCUCAACCGAGAGGGGAAGAAUUCGCGGCAGUGAAUAGAUCCGAAGUCCUUCGAGCUGGACUCCCAGUAAAACCCGGAGAGAUGAAGGCAGCGGACGAGCCUGCCUACCUGACAGUCGGGACAGAUGUCAGCGCCAAGUACAGAGGAGCGUUCUGCGAAGCCAAAAUCAAGACGGUGAAGCGCAUGGUGAAGGUCAAGGUCACUCUGAAAGGUGAGAGCGCGUCUCAGGUGGUGCAGGAUGACCAGGUCAAAGGUCCUCUCAGGGUGGGCUCCACCGUGGAGGUGAAGACUAACGAGGGUCUGUGCAGCGAGGCGGUCAUCAGUAAGCUGACGGACGCCAGCCUCUACACCGUGGUUUUUGACGACGGUGACGAGAAGACUCUUCGCCGGACCUCUCUGUGUCUGAAGGGGGAGCGGCAUUUUGCAGAGAGCGAGACGCUGGACCAGCUGCCGCUCACAAACCCGGAGCACUUCGGCACGCCGGUCAUCGGGAAGAAGUCAAACCGCGGCGGGCGGCGCUCCUCCCAGGCCAUACUGGAUGAGGAGAACGACACCACAUCCAGUGAGGAGGAGGAGGAGGACAGGAAGAGGCCCGGCGAGGAGCUGCUCGGUCAGAUCUGCAGCAUUGAGAACGUGGAGGACUCCGCCAGCUGGUUCCUGGCUCUAGUGGUGUCCACCAGCUGCAACGAGGAGCUGCAGGUGAAGAAGGAUCAGUGUCUGGUCAGGUCUUUCGACGAUGGGAAGUUCUGCAUCGUGGCGAGAAGACACGUCCACGUGGUGACCGCCAUCAGCAUCUCCAGGGCUCAGUUCCUAAACAGGAGAGGUCUCAAAGAGGCCCAGAUGUUUCUGAAGAACGGAGAGAUUCCCGACGUGUGGAAGAUGGAUAUGAGUCAGAUCCUGGACACGUCCUCCAGCGAAGAUGAUGAGAAGCAGAGCGAGGAGGAAGAGGACGAGGAGGAGGAGGAGAAGAAGAAACGCAUCAGGGAUGAGCCGGAGGAUGAGGCCGACCCCGAGGAGAGGGACAACUUCCUGCAGCAGCUCUACAAGUUCAUGGAGGACAGAGGAACUCCCAUCAACAAGCCGCCCGUGCUGGGAUACAAAGACCUGAACCUGUUCAAGCUCUUCAGGCUGGUGUAUCAGCAGGGCGGCUGCCACAAGAUUGAGUCCGGCACCAUCUGGAAGCAGAUCUACAUGGAUCUGGGGAUCCCGGUUCUGAACUCUGCCGCUUCCUACAAUGUCAAGACGGCCUACAAGAAGUAUCUGUUUGGUUUCGAGGAGUACUGCCGCUCCGCCUCCAUCACCUUCAGGACCAUCCAUCACAACGACCCGCCUCCUCCAGCUCUGGCCAAUCACAAGAAAGCCCGGGCGGAGCUGAAGGAGCCCUCAGUGCCCCCGCUGACCGAGGAGGAGGAGCCUGUCAAUGACAAGAGGGAGGAGUCUGACAGCGAGAGCGAGCGGGAGAUCCGGGAGAGGCCGUCGCUGAGGGGGAGGAGGAGGGGAGCAGGGAACCGCGGGAAACCGCCCUCCAGGCUGGAGCUCGCCGCCAGAGCGGCUGAGAGCGGCGAGGAGCACCAGAGGGAGGCGAGGAGGCGCAGCAACAGGAGAGCGGAUGACUCGGAGAGGGGCUCAGAGGACGAGGACGAGGAGGAGGAGGAUGAAGACGAGGAGGCUGAGGAAGAAGCCCGGAGAGAAGACAGGAGCGGCGAUGAGGAGGAUGGAGACUCGCUGGCAGGAACAAAAGUCCGGGUGAAGUACGGCCGAGGAAAGACGCAGAAGAUCUACGAGGCUCACAUCAAGAAGACGGACACGGACAGCGGAGAGCAGUUCUACCUGGUGCACUACUACGGCUGGAACGUCAGGUAUGACGAGUGGGUGAAGGCCGACCGCAUCAUCUGGCCGACGGAGAAAGGAACGAAGAGGAGGCAACGGAAGAAGGUGAAGAACAAAGAGAAGGACGAGGCAGAGAGGGACGACGAGAAACUGCCGGUCGCCGCGCCGCUGAAGCCGACGGGCGCCAAGCGCGGCCGACCCUCGAAUAGGACCACGCCCACCGGCUCUGCAGGACGCGGUAUGGCCAAAGUGUCAGCUGGUGACGGCCAGUCCAACGGCAGGAGCGCAGGAGACGGCGUGCCCGGCAUCGCUAACGGAGACGACACACCCCUCAGGAGAACCAGGAGGACGUCGGGCAUGUACGACUCGGACAGAGCCUCCGUCGAAGAUUCUGGAAGCUCCUCGAACGACAGCGAAUCAGAAGAAAAGCCUCCCAAGUCCUCGCCAUGGCGAGGAAGAGCGGAAAGCGAAUGCGACCAACCAGAGGAGGAGCCUGAAGAAGAGGAGGAGGAAGAAGAGGAGGAGGAGAAAAGGGAGGUGCCCGACAUUGAAACACCUGCGAAGAACGAGGUUGUCACGGCAACGUCAGCUCCUUUGCCUGCAGCUGCCAUAACUCCAAUUAAGGAGGAGUCUGAGGACAGUCUGAACCAAUCAGAGAGAGGGGAGGCAGAGGAGGGGGAGGAGCCUGCAGGUGAAACUUCGAUGAUGUCCAGCCAAUCAGACAAGGAGAGCAGAACAUUACCUGCUGUGAAAAUGAUGCCCCUCCCCAAUAAGAACAAGGAAGCCACCCCUGUGACAUCCCCCAGCAGAGCGCCGCCCCCAAAUUCGCCGCCGCCGCCACCACCGGUGUCUUUGAUACCUGCAGCUGAAGAGGACAGCCGAGCAGCCCCCACUUCUUCCCCUCGUGUCAGAGGUCGCAAGCCCAACCAACGGGAGCAGGCCUCUGAAACUCCUCCCACCAUCCAGCUUUGUUCUCUAAGCCCCGCCCCCAUCUUUCCCAGCAGCCCCCCUCAGACCUUGCUGCUGCCUUCUCCCCCUCGCAGCGUCCUGAAGAGACAGGAGGAGCCCAUGGUGGUCCUCCACUGCCUCCCCUCUCAGCACCUCCCCGUCAAGUCACCUGUGCCCAACUCAGACACAGACUCCGCCUCUGAGGAGGAGGCGGGGCCGCAGGAGGAGGAGGAGCCUCAGGAACAGAGCAGCUCGGCGCAAAAACGGAAAGCCGCAGAGCAAAGAUCUGCAGAGAAGAAGCUGUGCUGCGACGGCAGGUCAGACGACGCCCCGGUGACGCCCACGGCCAAGACCACCCCAGGCUCCUCCCCCAAGACCCUCAGCUCGCCUCUACGCCCAGAGAGGAGGAGCGAGGCUGUCGCCAAGGGAGGCGAGACGCAGGAGAACCCAGAGGAGCGUCUGUCUGUAGCCGAUGAGAAAGGACUGGAGAGCCGUUCCGGGACGGCCCCCAUCGUAACAGAGACGGCAGGCCCCGCCCCCCACGAAGAGCAGGAGCCACAGAUUGGCCCGGAGGCGCUGGUCUGCCACGAGGUCGACCUGGACGACCCGGAUGAGAGGGAAAAGCCCGCCUCCUCAGAAAACCUUCUCCCCAUCAUGAGAGAGCAGCAAGCUCCACCCCCUCCUCGUCUGUCUGUUCACUCCUCAAGCCCCGCCCACCUCAGCCCGCCACCCCCUCAGCCUCAAGUCAGACAGUUUGUCCUAAACGCCGCCCCCAUCCCCUGCCCAGAGGAGCUGCCGCCGGCAAACGCGAAGGCGGAGCCAGCAUCCACGAGGGCGGAGCAAGAGGAAGAUUCCAGUCCCGGGUUCGCCGGCAGCACCUCGCCGUCGUCCACGUCGCUCGUCUCUCUGCAGGACAGCAAGGACAGAGGCCAGAAGAGAGGAAACGAGUGCAACUCCAGCCCGAGCGCCAAGAAACAUAAACGCAGCCAGAAACGGCCAAACACCCCCGGCAAGAGCGAGAAGAACGGAGCAGGUCACAGCAGCGACAGCGAGGAUCAGUCUCGGGUCUCGUCUCUGUCUAAGACUCACAAGUCCCGCUGUCCCGCCCUGUCGUCUCCGACCGCUCACGGAAAAGACAAGCAGAGCUUCCCGUCGCCUCAGCGCUCCUACAAGUGGACGCUCCAGCUCGACGACCUGGACAGCAUGACGAGCGCCGAGAGGAUCUCCUUCCUUCAGGACAAGCUGCAGGAGAUCAGGAAGUACUACAUGAGCCUCAAGUCCGAGGUGGCGUCUAUCGACCGGCGCAGGAAGAGACUGAAGAAGAAGGAGCGCGAAGUUUCAAACACGACGGUGUCGACCUCGUCGGGCUCCUCCGACACCGGCAUGAGUCCGUCCUCGGCCUCGCCUGCUCAGAACGCUGUCGCUGUCGAGUGCAGGUGAUGACACGCCUACACACGCCCCACCAGCAGCCCCGCCUCCUCCUGCCACAGACUCCGCCCACUGUCAGCCGCCAGCAUCCCACGGUGCUUUGGACUGACGCAGGAGCACAUGGGAUCCUGGCCACGCCCACACGGAGGAGCUGCCGCCUUACCUGUGGACUCAAUUCCUGUCAGAGGAGGAGCUGCAGCAGAGCUCCGCCCACUUCCUGCUGGUUUCAGAGUCAUCUGACAGAUUUUGUUGCAGUCGUUGAACGCUGGAGGUUAAGAACAGAAAGAAGCCCAUAGUUUGUUUUUCUUUCAACCUUUAUUUAAAAAUGUUUUACAAAAAGCUUUUAUUUUGGUAGAAUUUCUCAUAAACUUUUGACUUAAAGGAUUUAAUAAUUAGUCAACAGAAAUGUAGUUUAAUUUACUGUCAGACUCCAUCUUUGAAUCGAGAUUCGUUUCUGAUCCAAACAGCAGGUCAGCUGUUGAGAGGAUCCUCCCGGAUCUUCAUGCACUUAAAGCUCCGCCUCCUCGCCGGAUUCUGUUCUGUUCCUGCCUCCCAGACGUUCAGCUCCUCAGUUUGUUCUGUAAAUAAAGCUCUGAGCAGAGACCACACGUCUACAU